UGUCUAAUAUUGUAAGAGGUGGUGGAAUAGGAGGGCUUCUCCUAAAAUCUACCCGAUCUGUUGUGUUGGACGUGUAAACCUCCCCUGGUCUUUGUGGAUGGAAUCCUGGCAGGAUCAUUGACUGACGGUUAAACAUCUGCUAAGCUUUCCCACUGGGUUCCAUAGUUUCUAAGGAGACCAGAACCAUCAAGCGAUCUCUGGUUGAUUUCACCUUGGCUCUCCGGCAUCAUGGAUUCGAUGAUGCAAGUGAAGGUAUCUCUGAGAAUCUUAUUUUCCUCCAUCCUUUUCCCCUUGUGCUGUUGCCUCUCUAAAAGGCAAGCCGUGGGUCUCUUUCUCUCUCUGUCUCUCUUGAUCCCCUUGCCUCGCGGCUUGGCUAACACUGCCCCCCCUUCGGCCUUGCAGUCCAGUGUCUCGUACCGGCGGCCUUACAGGACCUGGUCAGCCACCCAAAGGAUGCUCUGCCGAGUGCGCCAGCAAUGGAAGAUGCAGGGCUUCUUUGAAAUCAAUGAGCAGCAUGAUUUUUUUCAAUUCACCCGUAUGCUCAAACAAGGGCUGAAGGCCUCCAUCCAGAAAACCAUCGAUGAACCAGCGAGCAUGGAAUCGCAAAGGCCGUCUGAUUUUACCAGGGUGCUUAAGCAGACCCACGAGGGUUACGAGAUGAGGACCUACGCAGCUCCCGUCUUUUCCCGUUUCCGGCAGUAUCUUGGCAUGGCGGACACGGAUUUCCAAAUGUCCUUGACGUGUGAGAGCGCCUACCUGCAGUUCAUCAGUAACUCUAAAAGCCAAGCUGACUUCUUCCUCACGUUUGACAAGCGCUUUUUCCUGAAGACACAACGGAAACGCGAGAUCCGGUUCCUCCUCACCAACCUGUCGAAAUACCUGGAUCACAUGGAGAGAUACCCACACUCCAUCCUUGUGAAAUUCCUGGGUGUGUACAGCAUCAUUGCCCCUCAAGAGAAGAAGAGAUACUUCAUCAUCAUGCAGAGUGUCUUCUAUCCACAUGAGAGGAUUACUGAACGGUAUGACAUCAAAGGGUGCCAAGUCGGACGCUGGACAGAGCCCACUGUAGACAGCAGUGAAGUCAUUAUGGUUUUUAAGGACAAUGACUUUGGAGACAAGGUGAUCUCCCUUAAUGAAGACCAGACCUGGUUGCUGCAGCAAGUGAAGUUGGACACCCAGUUCCUCAAAGCUUUGCAUGUGAUUGAUUACAGUUUGCUGGUGGGCGUGCAACCUCUCCAUGAUGAUGACCGGUUCCUGAACGACACGCUGGGAAAUAUAUUAGCCAGGACGAGAUUGUCAGUCAGCUAUGACUAUCCUCGCCGCCACAUUGCCAGAGCUACCUCCAACUCCUCGUCCAGCAGCUCCAGUUCUGACCAGAUCCUCCGGCUCUACCCCGAUUACUUGCUGUCCUACUUGAAACCCGACCGGCCUCCGGAGCAGUUGAUCCAAAGCGAGGGUUUCAUGCAUAAUGUUGUGACGCCAUUCCUGAUGCAGAGCAGCUGCGAGGACAUGAGUUGCACCGUGGGCCGCGCGCUCUAUUCCUCCAGCCUCUCGGAUUUAUCCAGCGCGUCCUUUGCCGCGCAGCAUCGACGGAUCCUCCCCCACUCCAAAAACCCUCUACACACAAUUGAUGGGCCGGACUACCGCUAUUACGUAGGCAUCAUUGACCUCUUCACGGUCUACACUUUCCGCAAAAAACUGGAACACUUGUGGAAGAGCAUCCGUUACCGGGGCCAGCAAUCUUCCACGGUGGAACCUUCUUGCUAUGCCCAGAGAUUGUGUCAGUGGGUGGAAAGUCACACUAUAUGAACUGGAACAGAGGCGAUGGGCCAGUUUUUAGCUGAAAGUCGGACAGUAGCCCUGUCUCUUUUUGUAGGUUCUCCCGGUCCCUGCAGAUCAGUAUUCAUGUUUCAACACCAAUCACCUCUUGUGGUGGUUCUGAUGACCUCUUGGCUACCAUGAGAUGGAGCUGCGUGAAAUUUCCCUAGAAAUAGGCCACUUGGCAAGCAAGGACAGGGGGCAGGCGGUUUUCCACGGAGCAUGGAAGUUCUUGAGGACAUCUCGGUGGUGGCUUUGCAAAAACCAGGUGGACACCUCAGCCCCACGGACAUUGCAAUCAACGGCACUGAAUCCCUCAAACUCUGAGAGAACAGCACAGGGGGGGAGGGUACCACCCAGUCUCCUCCCAAACAAGCCAUGUCCUCCUGCAACCGUGAUCUGCCAGA